CCUGGAAGGCGAGGGGGCAAAGGGGCGGUGAGGAUGCUGAAGUUCUGAGCCCAGAGGUCACGCUGAGAGGCAGGUAUAGGGUGGGGCCGAGGGUGAGUUCCUAGGCUCCACCCUUUGCGGAGAUUAUAAAAGCCUGCGUUUCCCACCCCGUGAGGCUGAGGAGGACCGAGUGGUACCGAGGACCUCAGGGGACUUUCUGCCUGCCUGAAGAGGACAUUUUGCAGGUUUUGUUGACUAAAAGAGGCUCUCACACCGACUCCUAGCUCUUGCCUAAGACUUGCAAAGGACUAGGACCAUGGGGACGUACAAGGUGACCCCGUCUCUGGUCUUUGCCAUCACCAUCGCUGCAAUCGGCUCUUUCCAGUUCGGCUACAACACUGGGGUCAUCAAUGCUCCCGAGAUGAUCAUUACAGAGUUUAUCAACAGCACCUUGUCCCAGAAGUUGGGUAACCCUCCCAGCAAGGAGCUGCUCACGACCCUCUGGUCCUUGUCUGUGGCUAUAUUCUCAGUGGGCGGAAUGCUUGGCUCCUUUUCCGUUGGACUCUUUGUCAACCGCUUUGGCAGGCGCAACUCCAUGCUCAUGGUCAACGUGCUGGUGGUGGUCAGCGGCUGCCUCAUGGGCUUCUGCAAGAUGGCCAAGUCCGUGGAGAUGCUGAUCCUGGGCCGCUUGAUCACGGGCAUCUUCUGCGGGCUCUGCACGGGGUUCGUGCCCAUGUACAUCGGAGAGGUGUCUCCCACCAACCUGCGGGGUGCCUUUGGCGCCCUCCACCAGCUGGGCAUCGUCAUCGGGAUCCUGGUGGCGCAGAUCUUUGGCCUGAAGUUCAUCUUGGGGACUGAGGAGCACUGGCCUCUGCUACUGGCCUUCACCAUCCUCCCAGCCAUCUUGCAAAGCAUAGCGCUUCCUUUCUGCCCAAAAAGUCCUAGAUUCCUGCUCAUUAACAGAAAGGAAGAGGAGAGUGCUACAAAGAUUCUCCAGCGGCUGUGGGGCGCCCAGGAUGUGUCCCAGGACAUCCAGGAGAUGAAGGACGAGAGUGUGCGGAUGAGCCAGGAAAAGAAAGCCACCGUGCUGGAGCUCUUCAGAUCCCACAAAUACCAACAGCCCAUCAUGAUCGCCAUCAUGCUGCAGCUCUCCCAGCAGCUCUCGGGCAUCAAUGCUGUGUUCUAUUAUUCAACUGGAAUCUUUGAGGAUGCAGGCGUCCAGGAGCCCAUCUACGCCACCAUUGGAGCGGGCGUGGUUAACACCAUCUUCACUGUGGUUUCUGUGUUUCUGGUGGACAGAGCGGGAAGGAGAAGUCUGCACCUGAUCGGCCUCGGCGGCAUGGCUGUUUGUUCCAUCAUCAUGACAAUCUCUCUGUUGCUGAAGAGCUCAUACGGAUUCAUGAGCUACAUCUGCAUUGUGGCUAUCUUGAUCUAUGUGGCCUUCUUUGAGAUCGGACCCGGCCCCAUCCCCUGGUUCAUCGUGGCCGAGCUCUUCAGCCAGGGACCCCGCCCAGCCGCCAUGGCUGUGGCUGGUUGCUCUAACUGGACCUCCAACUUUUUGGUUGGACUGCUCUUCCCCUUGGCUGCAGCCGCUUUAGGAGCCUACGUUUUUAUCAUCUUCGCUGUCUUCCUAAUUAUCUUCCUGCUGUUCACCUUCUUCAAAGUCCCUGAGACCCGAGGCAGGACUUUUGAGGAAAUCACGCGGGCCUUUGAAGGGCAUGCUGAUGAUGCCCAGGAACCUGGGAAGAGCUCAGCCCUGGAGCUGAACAGCCUGCAGCCCGAAAAGGAGCCAGUUGCAGGUGUCUAGGCACCUCUGAGUGGACCGCGGACAGCGACCUCCCACCUGGCAGAGCCCUCAGAGGUGAAAGCCAGGACUGAGUGUUACCCUGCUGCCGCCCGCCCGUCUGUCUCACUCUCAGCAAGCUCUCAGCUCGGCCAGUGCCUGGGCUUCUUGAGUGCUUCACUUCUUGGACCUUCCCUGUGGGAGUAGCCAGGUGACCACACCUCGCUUCGGGCCACGCAGCCCCUCUUCUGCCCUGAGCACCAGCUCCGCUCUGGCACAAGGGAGAGAUCUGCAUGGACUCCUCACCUCACAGCUCGUGCAGCAAAGUCCACUUGAGUUGUAUUUAUUUUAUCCUCUGGUUUUAUUGCAUAAAUAUUUAUUUUUUUAAGUGAAAAUUUUACCAAGUAGUGAAGACCUAAUGAAAUGGAGGUGAGAAGGAGGUUUAACAAAAGGUUACAUAGGAAAAGCAGGUUUGAUAGCAGAGUGGUUAAGGUGCGGGAAGCCAUCGUACUACUUGACAUCUGGACUUGUUACUAAGAUGGGCUGUGUAACUAAAGGCACUGAUGGGUUUUGAUUUCAGGUGGAGUCCAAAGGGAGGUUGUUCGUGGAAAGCCAUCCUCCCCCACGGUAGACUCACUUGUUGUGUAGACCUCACACCACACCCCCUCGGGGAACCUUCCCUUGAGAACCAAAAAUACUGGUUCUCAGUAGAGUUUUGGUGUUUCUUCACUUAAAGAUAUUUUAUCUAUUUUUUAUUUUAACUUGUAGCUUUAAUGGAAUUCAGAGGAGAAUCCUCAUGGGUAAUUUGGAAUUUUUGACCUCAGCUCUGGAAAAGGAUUUUUCCUGAGCAGUCACUCUGUGCUUUUAAGUGUGCUGUCACUGCAGGGUCAGGGCUUGCUGGUCCACAUCUGAUGCUAGGUCAGGGUGCGCUGCUACCACGUUACUGUGACACCCAUUAGGUGCCCUCAGGGACCCAGAUCCUCCAGUGGACACAGUUGAGACAGUGGGAGUAAAUGACACUGGAGACUGGGAGUGUGUGCACCGUCACUUUGCUCGGGUGGAAGUAGUCCACAGCCCACUCACUUCUUGUGUUGCUAUUGCUGCCUUUUGGGUAGAAUGUAUUAAAGCCUGUCCCUGCAUGUAGAAGCAACACUGCUUCUGCUGGGUGGCAUUUGCUCCCAGAACUUCUGAUUCAGACUCAUCUGCUGUCAUUCCCUGCGGAAGGGAGGGAAGGACAGCCACCUCUCUGCCUCCACAGGCCGAGGUGGAGGGGAAGGGAAGAGGAGAGCUCGGGGCCACCCAGGUGGUUCUGGGGGGCUGUGGGGAGAGGAGGUGGUAAACUUUCAGGGGAACAAGAAGCAAAUGAAGACUGGCUUCCAGUUGGAGGGGUUCAGAUAGCCAAGGGACAGUGGGUUUGACUGCUGCCACGGGCCACCACGUCUCCACAGUCCCCUCAUCCCCCAGCCCUCUCACCCCUCUCCUCCUGCUCACAGGUUACCCUGUCUCCUUCCCCUCCUUGGUGCUCACACAUUUCAGACCCUCUGGGCAGACAAUGGUGUUCUAGUUCUUGGUUCCCACUGGUCCACUGUUCAGGGACCUUUGGAUAAACACUGUAGCUAGGGAGAGAGGCUUGGUUGGAAAAGGCCACUUUCCUCAAGCUGCACCUCUUCUGCCUCUGCAGUGGCUUUGCGGUAAUGCAGGUUAGAGUUGUUCCGAUUUCUGGGCAACCAGGUUGUAAAUAUUUCCACAUGGAUUUUCUACUAUUAAUGUUACUGUGGUUUUGUUUUGAAAUAAAAGUUCUAAAUGUA